GGAGAUGUUUUUUGCUCUCCACUAUUAUCAAGCACCUUCAACAUCCAAUUACUCGCCAUCAUCGUCAUAGCUAGUAGUCUUUUUCUUCCUUUUUUAGUUUUUCUUUCUAGUCUGCCUAUAGUUUGUCUUACGAUUGAAGCACAAAUUCUUCUUAUUCUUUAUUGUCCGCUCUUGCUCGCCGUCUUUGACUGGUCUAACCCGACUCUAUCCUCUCGCUGCAAUCCAAUCACAACAACACGAAACCCGCUUACUGAAGCUUAAUUCCACGAAUCAUAUUCCAUUAGCCACCUGCCUGUCACCAAUUGCCCGUCAUCAAUUGCCCGAUAUGUCUAGCCAACCCCUUCUACAAACCGCUCCAGGCAAACGAAUUGCCCUACCCACCCGCGUCGAACCCAAGGUCUUCUUCGCCAACGAACGUACAUUCCUAUCAUGGCUAAACUUUACCGUCAUAUUGGGAGCCUUGGCUAUCGGCAUGUUGAACUUCGGUGACCGCCCCGCCUUCAUCUCGGCUUUCCUGUUCACAGGCGUGGCUAUGCUUACCAUGAUAUAUGCGCUGUUUACGUAUCACUGGCGAGCUAAAUCGAUUAGGGUAAGAGGGCAAGCUGGAUUUGAUGACCGCUUUGGACCGUCUGUCCUGGCUAUCAUCCUCUUGUUGGCUGUCGUGGUCAACUUCGUGCUGCGAAUCACUUAUUCGGGCGGAGAGGGUGGUAAGAAACACUAAGAGUAGGCAAGGAGUUGGUAUCUGUUAAACUGCUGGAUCGGGACGAGUCGACGCUUUCGGGAUCUAAUGAGAAACUGAACC